AUGAAUUUGGCUUCCUCAGACGACGAGCACUACCUUCUGCCUGUGGACGAUGACGAGCACCACUAUGAUGAUCUGGACGAUGGAAUGUUGGCGCUGAGUUUGGCGCUGACUCACUUUUCCACUACGGAAGAUCGGUUUAUCAAGGACCACGAUUUGAAGAUUCGGGCGUUUGAGGCUCUUCAGGAGUCGAAGGAUAAGGAUAAGAAUAGCCAUUCGGCGCAGAAUGCUCAUGCGAAAUCACUCAAUCGCCAGAGAAGACGCUCUGUGAUUGACUUACCGGCUUCUUUCCACCCUCAUCCUCUGGACGCAACUCAGGGUAAGAACUUACCGGGACGCCAGCCUCAGGGGUACACGAACGCAUUGCCAGAGGAGUACCCUUCGAGUGAACUUGUCGAUUUGUAUGAGAAGGUUCAGAUGUGUUUGGACUUGCGUCACAAGUAUAUGGACUUGUCGCUCCAGAGGUUUGAACAGACUAACCCUAAGAACAGUGACGAUUGGGUGGUGUACCCUCCUCCACCUAAACCUACUUAUAAGCUGAAAAAUAAGUUUAACCAGCUUCCAGGUCAGCAUUUGGACCAGGAGGAAAUUGAUAUGAGUAAGUUCCCUGUGCCUGACCGUGAUGCUUCUGAUAGGUAUGAACUUAAACAUAACGAUGGAGACGUCUACGAGGUCAUUGAUAAAGAAACAGGCGAGCCAAUUACCCGUGUGCCUACUUUGCGUGAAUACUACACGGAUUUGAACAAAAUCGCCAAGAUCUCGUCAGAUGGUCCUAUCAAGUCUUUCGCUUUCAAGCGUCUUGAGUACUUGGAAACAAAGUGGAACAUGUACUACUUGCUUAAUGAUUUUGAAGAGAACAAACAGUCCAAGAGGAACCCUCAUCGUGACUUCUACAACGUCAGAAAGGUCGAUACCCAUAUUCACCACAGUGCAUGCAUGAACCAGAAGCACUUGUUGCGUUACAUCAAGUAUAAGUUGAAGACUGUGCCUGAUGAGCAAGUCAUUUUCAGAGAUGGUAAGCUUUUGACGUUGCAGCAGGUGUUUGAAUCUUUGAAACUUACUGCCUACGACUUGUCCAUUGAUACCUUGGAUAUGCAUGCUCACACCGAUACCUUCCACCGUUUCGACAAGUUCAACUUGAAAUAUAACCCUAUCGGUGAGUCCCGUUUGCGUGAGAUUUUCUUGAAGACAGAUAACUUCAUCAACGGUAAGUACUUGGCUGAAAUCACAAAACAGGUGUUUGAAGAUCUUGAAAACUCCAAGUACCAAAUGACAGAGUUGAGAAUUUCUGUCUAUGGUCGUUCCUACGACGAGUGGGACAAGUUAGCUCGCUGGAUCGUAAACAACAAGUUGUUCUCCCACAAUGUCAGAUGGUUGAUUCAGGUUCCUAGACUUUACGACUUGUACAAGAAGAACGGUAACGUGACAAACUUCAACCAGAUCAUGACCAACUUGUUCGAGCCAUUGUUCAAGGUUUCGCUCAACCCUAAGCUGAACCCUAAUUUGCAUAUCUUCUUACAGAGAGUGGUUGGAUUCGACUCUGUUGACGAUGAAUCCAAACCAGAGAGGCCAAUCAACGCCAGAAAGUUCCCUCCAGCCUCUGAAUGGGACGGAAGCAAGAAUCCUCCAUACUCCUACUACUUGUACUACCUUUAUGCGGAUUUGGUGUCGUUGAACAACUUGCGUGCUGCCUUGGGCUACAACACUUUCGUGCUUAGACCUCACUGUGGUGAGGCUGGUGAUCCCGAGCACCUUAUUUCUGCCUUCUUAACUACCCAUUCCAUUUCUCACGGAAUCAGAUUGCGGAAGCUUCCUUUCGUCCAGUACUUGUUCUACUUGGACCAAAUCGGAUUGGCAGUGUCACCAUUGUCCAACAACGCAUUGUUCUUGACGUACGAUAAGAACCCAUUCUUCAGUUUCUUCAAGAGAGGUUUGAACGUUUCGUUAUCUACAGAUGAUCCAUUGCAGUUCUCAUACACCAAGGAACCAUUGAUUGAAGAGUACUCUGUGGCAGCACAAAUCUACAAGUUCUCGGGUGUCGACAUGUGUGAACUCGCAAUGAACUCGGUAAAGCAGUCAGGUUACGAAGCUCUGAUCAAAAAGCACUGGCUUGGAAAGAACUACAUGGAGGGAGGUGUUGCAGGAAACGAUAUCGAGAAAACCAACGUUCCUGACAUUCGUGUAAGGUACCGUGACGAAACUCUCCAAAGCGAACUCAGCCUUGUGGAGUACUACACCUCCUUGGGUAAAGAAAAAGUAUAG